GAGUUUAUAAUGCUUUGCAUUUCCACGCCGCGCGUUCACAGCGCGAAAAAAGUAUGACAAAGUAGGCCCUAGCGCGAGGCCCCGAAGAGCUCUCUCCGUGAGUGACCUGCUGCUCAGCCAAUCAGAUGCGAGUAUUCCGCCCACAUCAGAAUCUUUCCGCCAGUCACGUUCGCCCAAAGCGCUGACGUAGGCGAUGGUUUCCUCUCUCGCGCUACGCCCACUGAUUAUAAAAGGCUGGACAAUAAAGUGGUUAAAGCAGCAGACGUCGUGAACAGUUUAAUAUAUGGACGAACAUGUUGUAUUAUGUUAAAUGUACAGUUAAUACAAUUAAAAAAAAUAAUAAAAAUGACGCGAGAUGCUGUCCUCUCAAUUUUUUGUAACAGUAGAAUAUAAACCUAAGAUUAAAUGAAUCUUUGCAAAAUAUUAUUGGUGUAACAUUUAAAUUAAUCCGUUUCCUGCUUCGUGAUCGUGCCAUCACAAAAUCUCGGUCUGUGUCGCUAUCGUCUCUUGUCUGGGUUUCUUUGUGCAGGCCCAUUAAAACGCACCUUUUUAUAUUUCACACACACUAUAUUUAAACUGAAUAGCAUAUUAUGUUUGCUCUCAGAUAACGCGGGAGGUGUGUGUGACUUGUCGCAGACGGAGAGCCAUUAGGGUCUUUUUCCACCGUCUUCUAUUGUGUCUGUAUGCGUGAAAUCGGCUGACCAGAAAACACGUGGGCCGAGCAGUGCGAAGAUAUCCGGUUUGAACGCCAAUAGCUCCAGACUGCCUCCGCGAUGGGGAACCGAGUCGGCUGUAACGCGGAGAACAGAAGGGAGCCUUGAUGUGGGCAGUAUGAGUAAGACACCCCCUAACAGAAGAGGGAUAUCUUUUGAGGUGGGAGCUCAGCUUGAGGCCAGAGACACCCUCAAAAACUGGUAUGCUGCCAACAUAGAGAAGGUCGACAUCAAAGAGGAGAAAGUACUUAUCCAUUACCGCCAGUGGAGCCACCGGUACGACGAGUGGUUUGACUGGACUAGUCCGUACCUGAGGCCCGUGGAGAGGGUUCAGCUGCGGCGGCAGGGCCUGAACGACGACGCUCCCGAACCUCUCCAGUAUGUCCCUGACCGAGUGUCUCCGUUCUCCUUCCAGGACUUUCAGGUGAAUGACAAGGUCCUGGCUAGCUGGUCCGACUGCCGCUUCUACCCCGCUAAGGUCAUUUCUGUCAACAAAGAUGCGUCCUACACUGUGAAGUUCUACGAUGGUGUAAUCCAGACAGUGAAGGGGAUACACGUGAAGCCAUUUAUUAAAGAGAGAGGUGGUGUUGGUGGAGCAGGGAAGUCUCGGUCCUCUGAAAGGAACAUGGUUAGGAGGGCCCCGAACCGCAGGGACCGGAGGCCCCAGGAGAACGGAGGCCCCAAGAACAAGCGGCCCAGACGCAGCACGUCCGACCAGGAGGAGGACAGCAACAGCGAGGACGAGGAGCGGGACGAGGGGAUGGUCAACGAGAAGAACAAGAAAACAAACGGUGAGGUCGAGGCCGCGCCCGCUAUCAAACAGGAAGAGGAAAUAAAAGAGGAAGCAGACCAGAACAAGGCCGGGGGUGUAGAAAAGGGAACAGGACUCACAAACGGGGUGACGGUGAAAGAAGAAGAAGAAGAAGAUGAGCGUAGCGAGGACAGGUGUCACGUAAACGGAGAGGUGAAAAAGGAAGAGGUGGAAACGGAACCGAGUGGAACAAAGCCACACACGGAGUCGCCCACGCAGACAUCGGCACAGAUGGAGCAGGUGCCUGUCCCUAUGACAACCACAGAGUCCAAUGGAGACCCGGAGCAGAAGCCGAAUGUCCAAUCGGAAAACGCUCAGCCGGCAGCGGAUGUGCCGCCUCCCCAGCCUGUGAAACCGGUAAGAAAACAGGGUUUCCACAACCCCAACAGAUUCAGCAGGGAGCCAUUGUACCGAGUCAUCAAAAACCAACCUCCCCCCGUCUUGUCCAUCAACCUCGACCACAACCCGUUUAAGUGCAGCGCUCCCGGCUGCACGAAGUCAUUCCGAAAGGCCAAGCUGCUGCACUACCACAUGAAAUAUUACCACGGCGAGGAGCAGCCUCUGGAGGGGGUCCAGACCCGGGCCUCCGAGAAGCAGGCCGCCCCCCCCACCGGGUUGGACGGCCCGAAAAGAAGGAGAACCAUCUCUGCCUCUAUGCACUCUGUUGGGCCGGCCACAGCUCCCCGCGGUGAGGUGAAAACUGCAGGCAGGCGCACAUCCGCCCCUCCUGCAGUCAACACCCAGGGCCACCAGCAGAGGGCGCUGUUGAGGGAGAAGAGCAAGGAGAACCAGCUGGACAGGAACGGAUGCCAGCAGCAGGACAAAGACUCGGACAGGGGUGGCUUUGACGUUGGGUCGGUAAAAGACAAACUGAAGGAGAAACCGAAACAGAAGGACUUCCUCCGCAUUAAACUAAAGAAGAAGAAGAAGAAAAAGAAGUCCAAGUCCGACUACACAGGUAGUGAGGAGAAUAUUGACAUCUCAGUAUUGGGUCUUCAGUCCAAAUUGAAUUUGCCACUCAAAUUCCCCCCCUCACACAAUCACAAGCCUGAGGCCUACGGCAGCAGGCCCGGAUACAGCUGCUCACAGCAGAUACAUGUGGAUGAUGAGGACAGCAUCAGUGACUGGUCCACUGACAGCUGUGGGUGGAGCGACGAUGACUUCGGGGUGGAUUUGGACGUCACCACGCCUCCCCUGAGCGUGGACUCCGGGGCCGUGGACACAAGUGACCAAGAGAUCGUGCGAUGUAUCUGUGAGGUGGAGGAAGAGAAUGACUUCAUGAUCCAGUGUGAAGAUUGUUUGUGCUGGCAACACGGCACCUGCAUGGGCCUGCUGGAAGACAAUGUUCCAGACCGAUACACCUGCCACAUCUGUAGAGACCCACCAGGUCAGAGGCAGAGUCUGCGCUACUGGUACGACCGUGAGUGGUUGAGCAGCGGUCACAUGUACGGCUUGUCCUUCCUGGAUGAGAACUACUCUCACCAAAACGCCAAGAAGAUCACCACCACCCACCAGCUGCUGGGAGACGUGCACCACGUGGUCGAGAUUCUCAACGGGCUGCAGCUCAAGAUGAGCAUCCUACAUAGCAAUACCCACCCAGACCUGCAGCUGUGGCGGCAGCCCUGGAAGCACUUGGAGCGGUCGCGGACCGCCUCGGACUCGUGGCGCGGCAGUGACGCCGCUCCAUCUCCCGCGACUCCCGACGAGGACAUGAGCCGAGGGGAAAUUCUAAUGUCCAAUGCUCUGGAGAAGCUGAGCAGGGCGGCCACAGCCGCCACCACCUCCUCGUCCGGCUCCUCCUUCCCCUUCCCGUCCUUCCAGGACUCGUACAUUAUCAGCGAACAUUGCUACCAGAAGCCGAGGGCGUAUUACCCGGCGGUGGAGCAGAGGCUGGUGGUGGAGACCCGACAGGGCUCUGAGCUGGAGGACAGCAUGAGGAGCACGGAGGAGCUGUUGGAGCGGGAGCAGCGCUACGGAAGCCUGCUGGAGACAGACAAGCCCAAAUCAACUGGCACCAAUUACAAGGCUUCGAUGGGUGGCUCUUGGUCCCAGGCUGAGACGAGGGAGGAGGGAGGACGAGGUCCCGGAGAGGCUUCCGAUAACAGCAGGCAGCAUCAACAGAGGCAGAUCAACCUGCUGGACCACAUAGACUCGGUCCAGGAUGAGGUCUCGCACCGGAUGGACUUCAUUGAGAGGGAGCUGGACGUGCUGGAGAGCUGGCUGGACUACACCGGGGAGCUGGAGCCUCCUGAACCUUUGGCCCGUCUGCCUCAGCUCAAACAACGCAUGAAGCGGCUGCUGACACAGCUGGGAAAGGUGCAGCAGAUCGCCCUGUUCAGCUCCACAUGAGGGCGCCAGAGAACAGCGUCAGUCAGUCAGUCAGUCGGUCGGGCGGUCGGUCAGUCGGUCGGUCCCCACACGGCAUGCAGGAGCAGUGCAGCGGAGGAAAGCCCACUGGUCUCUGGCUGCAAAGAUAACGACGAUUAGUGCAAGGCUUGGAUUGUUCCGCACAUUCUCUGUGACCAGACUUAAGAAAAAAAAAGGUUCUGUGUGGUGUAAUCCGAUGCUGCAGCCAGCCAGUGUCAUAUAUUAACGUUUUAUAUGAACAUGUAAUGGAAAGCCGGCAUCAUAAAUCAGGACGAAACACAAAAAGUAACCUCGUAAACGCAGGAGAAACUCCUCCGGACCAGAUUCCACUUCUAUGGUUCCCAUGCAACUCUAAACCUAAUGAAUGCCUUUUUGUCUGAGCUACUGCUUAAUGUUGCCCUGUCUCUCUCUCGCUCUCUCUCUCUCUCUCUCUCUCUCUCUCUCUCUCUCUCAGUAUUCUCUCUCAGUACACUCUCAGCGCUUUACACGCAGAAGCUUUAUAUUUUCAAAUUGCAAUUCAGUUCUUUGCAAUAGUUUUCAAAUGCUCACUGUUUGUUUUUUUUGCAUCAACAAUGUCCCAAAGUUCCAUUUUGGUCACCCGCCACGUCAUACUGCAUUAAAACUCUUUGCUGCAGGUGUGGACAGACAGUAACUUGAAGACACUGAAACAAGCUGUCUCUACAAAUAAUUAGUUCUGCUUUUGAUCUACUCAAGGAGUUUGGUUUUUUAACUACACUGUGAAGUUAUUUUUGUCUGGAAUCAAAGGCAUCUUAUUGUUUUCUGUUUUUAGAGACGUAACAAGUGUGAUUUCUGUUCCGUCUGAAACGGUAAUGCUUCUUCUUUUCUAACGGUCUUCUCACGGGUGUUACGGUUUUAUAAGUUAAUCUCUGUGUUUGUUAGUUACUGCAUCCUUUACUUCAGUUUAGCAUCGCUGACCCACGAUUCACUGAAACCUGUAACGUGGACGUGUCUUUUCUUCAGCUAGCAUCUUGUGCUUUGACAAAUACUACUAUGAAGACAUGCAAAGUUUUCUUUUCCGUUUCGUCCGUUUAUUUACAGUAUUUGGCUUGUUUGUAAAUAUGUUAUUCAAAGAAAUGUGCUCUUCUUUAUUGAAAACAUCCUCCAAAUCCAUUUAUUGUAUGCUACUGUACUGUAAGUGUGUGGCUUAGAAGCAGGGAAAUGUCAAAAACAAUGCAAACAGAUCUGUUGGUACAUAAAUAAACUAUCAUUCUUAUUAAUCACCA